AAAAAAAAAAAAAAAUUUAUUUAAGAUCAUAGUAUUUUCCUUACCGUUUUCCUGCUCUUUGUUUCCGUCUAAAAAAUGUCAAGUCAGUUGACAGAUUUGCGCAUUGGAUCUCUCUUCCUUGAUAAGGGGACUCUCUCUCUGUCUCUCUGUCUCUCUCUCUCUCGCUCUCACCAUAUGCAUUCAUGGCUGCUUUAUUCCAUUCACCUUCUUCUGUUUUUUUUUUUUUUUUGCUUUUUUUCGCCUUGUUUUUUUACCCCUUGGACGUUGCAAGCAAUGGGUUGCAAUGCAAGAGUUUCAAUCUCCCUUGGCUGUGCGGUUUCUCCUGUUUAUUAUAUAUAGUUUAUUUCAGUUUCAUACCUUCAACUUUUCUUACAACUUUUAGGUUUGGAAGCUGCUCUGUUUUAUGCCUAAAUGAUUGAAUCCCUAUAUUUUUCAUUUUGUUGAUCACUUAUGUAUUGCUCACAAGAUGUUUGAUGAAAUAAUUCAGGGUUAUACUUGUUUACAGAGAUGAAUUUGUUAUAUUAAUGUUGUGUUUGGUUGGGGGAUUUGAUGGGGGAUUUGGAAAGAGAAAUGGAAAAUGUAAGUGAAAUGAGACUAAAAUAUGCCUAAAUUUCACAUAGUUUCACACACCUUUUUCCUUUCCCUUUCCAAAUUCCUCCCCAAAUCCUCCAACCAAACACAGCAUAAGUGUCCCCCCUGAACAUGUCAUUCCCAGUGCUGUUGAAAAACUUAUUGUGUAUACCAGUAGUAUGCAAGAGUAGAACACCAUCCCAAACCUUAGUAAGCAAAAGACAGUAAAAAGUAAUAAGUGCUGAAAAAUUCAGGAUUGCAAAAAUAGUGAAUAUCUUCAGUCCAAUAUAACUUAUAAGUUGAAAACAAUGUUCUCUAUCUAAAUUGGAGAAGAAAGUCAAUGGCUAGAGAUAUAAACAAUGUUCUCCAUCUACAUUUUAUGCAUGGUUGGGUUGGUUUAGAACCCAAGUGUAAUCAAUAGCUACAGAUGUUGUAUUAAAAAGAAUAUCAUGUUGGAAUAUAAUGAAUAACUUCAGUUCUCUUUAUUCUAUUUUCAUAUCUAUUUAUUAUUGCAUGAGUUAGGGAUAAAAUGAUGUUCUUUCUUGUGGUCUUAAAUACUAAUGCAGUGUUUGGUUCAUUAGAAUGCAAUGGAACGGUUUUCUUUAGCCUCCUUAUAGAAUGACUACUUUGUUUUGCAGCAGUAGCAUUGGCUGGUGUGUUUUGUUUGAUAUUUAGAAUAUUAUUUUUUUUAUAUGGCAGAGCAUUGAUAGUCUACUUGUUCUGUAUUUUGUUUUUUUGUUUUUUGUGAGGCUUAGACUUUGAUGUUUAUUUACAUGCUGUGUUUGGUUGGGGGAUUUGAGAAGAGAUUUGAAAAAAGAAAUGAAAAAGGAAGGUGAAAUAUGAAUAAAUUAUACUAGUUUUACACACAUUUUUCCUUUCUCUUCCCAAAUCCCUUCCCAAAUCUCCCAACCAAACACAGGCUUAGAGUCUUAAACUCUAGUGUUCUGGAAGUUUGCAUAACACUUGCAGGUGUUUACUACUUGUAGAUAUACACAUUUAUUUUUAUGUUUUUGAGGUGCUCUUUAAUAUUUGAUGUAAAUAGAUUGAUAUUGAAAUCUAAGGUAAUGGAUUUUUGUCGUCCAACAAAAUAGGAGUAUCUUUCUUCAUUUGGUUGUGUAUAACUUUGUUUUGUAAGUCUUUUCCAACCUGUGUGACUAACAUAUGUGCUUUUUUUGUUGUCUCUUUUCUAUCUCAUUUUCUUUUGAAUCCUCUUGGAAUAUGAGGACAACAGAAUGAUGGUGUAGUACUUUUGUUGUCCCAUUGUUCUUACCUUGAAGCUCAUGUUUUAAAAAUAUAGGUAGUAAAACUAGAUGAGGAAAUUGUGAAGAAUAUGGAAGCUGUAAUGUGCGUGGUGCCAAAUCAAUCAACAACUAAGAUAUAUCAUAAAUGCUGAACAUUAAGCACGCUUUUUUUUGAAUUAUAUUUUGAAAAAUGUAGGCCAAAAGAAUGGCCGAAGUGCACAGAUGUUGUCAUUGCCCCACACAGUGAAUAGCUAAUGAACAACUACUAGCUCAAUCGAUUUUGGUUUAUAACUUGGCUUGAAAAUCACAGCUCUUAUAUUUUCUGCUUUAUUCUAUCUGAUCUGACUUUAUAUCAGUGUUCUUUUUUCGUUUCAUUUUAUUUCAGUAUUGAUAUUAGGACAGCUAUUGGACGACUGUCACAUUAUUUUACUUUGGCCAUUUUUUAAGGCAACAAUUUCAACUUUAAAUUUUCUUCUUGAAGUGUGUUUUCAUUUACAUGAUUGGUUUAGCCACAUUGGGGCAUAAUAAUAUGAAUGCAAUAAUGAUUUUUUGUUAACAACUGAUUUGGAUAAGUUGAAUUAAAGAACGGGUUUACUUAACUUUGGUUUGAAUAUACACUAUAUAUAUGUCUUCCACGUCUUAAGUUUCACAAAUCGUGAGUGGCAUGGAUGAUUUUUUUGUAGAGCAAUUUUAUAUGAGAGUGCAUUUAGGCACGGGUGAUAUGCUAGUAAUUACAAUAAGGGUGGCAUCUUAAAAAAUAAAAAUAAGAUUAUUUUUAUCCCAAUUUUCUAUGUCUUUCUUCUCCUUCCCCUUCCCUCCAUUGCUUUCGCAUGACUCCUCAUCAAGUUGUUUAAAAAGUGGUGCAUAGUUUGCCUGAAUUUCAACUCAAACGAUAGCAUGACUUAAUUCACACCAAUCGUAAUCGCCCAUGUGGCUCUUGUCAAAAGCUUUUAUUCUCUAGAGAACUUUUUGGUACAUCACUAAUUAAUGUUGACUACCCCAUGAUCUCUUCCUUCUUUGAACCUCUGUUAAUAGCCCACAUCUCACGCCACACAUCCACUAAACAGCUCGAGUACAUACCUAUCUAUUCUCGAGCAAGUGGUUGAGCAGCGGGAAUAGUGGUUUGAUUCAAAUCUAAAAAUCUACUUAAAGCUCAAUGGUGGAAAAAAAUAAAAUUGGAAACCCAAACCCAAUAGCACCAAACUUUCUCUAAAUUUAUCAUAUUUGUCUCAGGUAUUAGAUCUCUCUCAACACAGGAAUUUGUUUGUGUUUUUGUUUUUUCCACUUUUUUAUGCUGUCUUUGUUUUGAUUUGUGUUUUGUGUUUUGUGUUUUGUUUUUUAAAAUUGUUGGGAGUUUCAGAAAUGGAUUUUCAUAGCAUGAAAAGGGAAGAACUUCAAGCGCUAUGCAAGAAGCACAAAAUUCCUGCAAAUUUAACCAAUUUGGAGAUGGCUAACAAGCUUUCCUCUCUUCUUGAGGAGAAAGAAAAACCCAAUAGACGAGGUCAGUCUUGCUUGAACUUGAAGAAUAAGGGUGAAAUAGUGAGUGAAAAUGAUUCCAAUGGUAUAACUAGGCAAUUCAAGAAGGUUAGGUUAAGUCCUGAGAAUGAAAUGGUUGAUUUUGUGGAUUUGGAGGCUGAGCCUGUGGAGAUGAAGAGGGUGGAGAACCCAGUUAGAAAAACUAGGUCUCGGGGCACAAAAGUCUCUGAUUGAAGGUGUAAUUUCACAAGUUUCGCCUAUAAUUGAGAAGAGAAUGAGAAAUUGUGAGAGAUCUGAUAUUGUGGAAGUGAAUGAUUGUAGUAGAGGUGAUUACCCACCUCUAGUUGUGGACUAGUCUGAUAAUUCAGCCCCUGACUGUGCUGCUGUGGAAGAAAUUGGAGUGCCAACAAGGAGAUCUUUGAGGAAUCGAGAGGUACUUGGCACUCUAAUUUCUGAUAGAAUAGAUAGAACUGCUAAUAAUACUGGAAAGAAUAUGCCAUGGAAGAGGAGAAGAGACCCAAUUCUUGAAGAGACUCUGGUGACUGAGGGUGCUUCCUUUUUUGAAGAACCUCCCACAUGGUCUAAACAUAAUGCCGAAACUACAGAUUUUGAAGAAGUCAAAGCUCUCAAAAUGGCGAAUUCAGUGGAGAUUCUAGCUACCAAGUCUGUGAAGUUUCAAAAUGAUAACGUAGAGAAAGAAACUUUGUUUUCUGUUAGUGGAUCUGAGGUUGACAAAGAGAAUCCCCUUCAAGAUGAUAUUAGUAGGGUCAAUGAGGAUGAUUUGGCACUACACUCCAGCAAAAGUACAGAAUUUGAGUCCAAUAAUUUGUUUGAGCCUGAGGAAGACUUGAAAGUGUCUAUGGAUCCGGGUGUCCCUCAAGCCACAUCAGGAGACGAAUGAUUGCUACUCACCGGUUGAACGAAUUGAUUCCAUGGCUAAGCAUUCUGAGAAUAUGGAUCUAGGGAAGGAAAUGGAAAGAGAUGAAGACCCCACCACAACAGGCAAAUACAUAGACUCAAGUUGCGUUGUGGCCCAUAAUGGAGUUGAUGAUGACAAAGUUUCUGUUUUUGCAGAGCAGAACUUACUUGAGUUUGAAGAUGGUGACAGCCCUGGUGAAUUAAAGAACCUGGAGUUGGCUGUUGAGGACUAUUUAGUUGAAUCUAAUGAAUGCAGUAGUUCAAUGAAAACCUCUGAAAAUGUCUAUGUGGAAGCUGGGCAAAUUAGCAUUGUUGAUCUCUCUGAGAUGGAAAGAAUCAGGCCUACUACAGAUUCUGGAUUGUCUGAGAGAGAAGUUGCAGACAGUGCCGGCAAUCCAGCUUUAAGCAGCAGCAAGAAAGUUUCUGAAGAUACUUACAUAAGAAGACAGGAAUCUAGCAGCAAUUCUUGUUUGAAGAAGCAGUGUCGUUUAAUGGAGGUUUGCACGCAAAAUACAGACAUUGAUGAGAUCAGAGCUCUGAUGAUGGUAGAAGGCACUCCAUCGUCCAAUUCUGUGAAGUUGCAGAGUGAUUCUGUAGAGCUAGGACAACAUGUUCCUGCCAGUGAAUCCUUGGUUGUUACAGAGACAGAAAACAUUGUACUGGUGGUGGCUAGCAAUAAGAAUUUGUUCCAGGAUGAUAUACACAAAGGUGAUGAUCAUGAUUUGGUUUCUCGAUCCCAGAUCCAAAGUGGAGAUUUUGAUCACAAAACCUUAGUCAACCUGGAGCCAGUUGAAGACCAAGAUAAGGUGUUGUACAAAUUGUGUAAUUAAACAAGAUAAAUAAAUUCAUGAUUAAUCAAAUUACAUAAUAGAAUAAGAAAACAUGUUGAAUAUUACAACCAUAGAAAUACACAAUACGAUAAAAGGUAAAGAAAGCAAACUGAAGCCUGUGUAAUACCACAGUGUCCUUAAAACAGAUUAGCCACCUCACCAUAGGUGCUGGAGGUAUGUCGACUUCUGUCUCCCAGGAUACGACGGUCAAAACCAAUUAAUGCAGAAGCACCUUCUGAAUAGCUUUGGUGAACUUGAUAAUGGUUACACUCACUCUAACAAGAACCAAAGAAGGGACUAGCAAAAGAAGAGAAGAAAUUUUUCUUUGGUGUAAAAACCAUCUCCAACUUUUUUAUCUCAAAACAACAUUUCCAUUUUCCAUUAAAAGUCUUUCUUGAACUCUUCUACUAAGUUGGAGGGGAAAUGCCUCUAUUUAUACAAGUAGGGGAAUCCCUAGCCAUAAAGGCUAUACAUCAAUAGGGCCAUCAAAUGCCAUUAACCAAGGCCAUCAAUUCUCGCCAUUAGGGCUAGAGUUACUAAGGUUGAAAACCUAUGGCCACUAAUAUGGUCAUCAACUCCAUCAUCAAAAGAUGAGAAUUACAAAGGUCUAAACCUCCUAUGUGCUUAAUAUAUACCAAUAAAUAUGUAUAUAAUGAUGUUUGAAUAAAUCAACUAGAUGGGUCACACAAUGGAUACCAAUGUUGGGUUACAACCCAAUCCAAACCCCCUUCUCAUACACAUAUACAAGCUAAGCCCAACACA